AUGGCGGAUGCCGGAAUGGACGAGUUUGCGCAGACUCGUGGCGCCGACGAUCUCUUUGACGAUGAGAUUAUUCCUGUCUCGGCGGAGGAACAGCAGAUCGAGACGGAGGUGGUUCCGGAGGUAGAGCGAGCACCCUCGGAAGAGAAGCCUCAGCCCGAGAAGCCGGCUUCACCGCGUGGUGAGCCCGCACAACGAGGACGUGGGGGAGAACGUGGGCGAGGACGUGGACGUGGCCGGGGCAGAGGUGGACGCGGCGGACGCGAGUCGCAACCGACUGAGCAGAAACGAACCGAGAGCGUGCCACAGAAGAACGGGACUGCGAAGAAAGGACUCGAGACUAGCCGGUGGGCGUCACAGGAAGAGACACCUGAGAAGCCUCAGGAGCCAGAGAAGGAACAGCCUGUUCAAGACGACGGGGAGAAGGCCGAUGCGCUUGCAGAUGAUACAGAACCAGCACGCGUUCCAGCCGUCCGGGGAGACCGAAGUGCCACCGGCGGCGUCAGGAAGCCCAAACUCACCGAGGAAGAACUCACUAAGCGCAUGGCCGCGGCGAAAGAGCAUGCCGCUAAGAAGGCGGCCGCCCAUGCUCGGGCACAGGCCGAUCAAGCCUCAUUCAUGGAGCGAGAGCAAGCUGCAGCUAAGAAACGGCGCGAGGAGCUUGCAGCCCGUCGCGUUAUGGACAACGAGCGCGAACAAAACCGACAACGCAAGCUCAAGGCACAAACCGGCCGUGAAUGGGAUUCCCAGAAGCUCGAAGAGGACUACAACCCCCGAGGAGCUGGCAGCCAAAAUCGGCGUGGUAUGCACGGUGGCGUCUCUGGCUACACUCGACGGGACUUCGAAGCCGCUUCGCCUGAGGAUGGCGCUGCUGACCUGCUGAGCCCCGGCCGUGGACGUGGACGCGGUGGCCGUGGAGGUCGAGGCCGAGGACCGUCGCGCGGACCCAAGGGCGAGCGUGCUUCAUCGAAGGAGCCGACGGGAAAGCCUGCUGUUGGCAAUGAGUCGGAGUUCCCUGCUCUUCCUGCUGGCAAGAAACCCGAAGAUUCUCCCAAGCCUGCGGUGGCGACCAGCUCUCUGGAAAAACCCUCGAUGGAGAAGCUGGAGGCUACCAUGUCCCCAGUCACAGGCAGCUGGGCCGACCAGGUUGACGAGUGA